AUGGGGUCACAGUAUUCUCGAGUGACGACUGCGUACUACAAGACGACCACCAACAAGUUGGACCGAUAUACUGAUGAAUGUCUCCGCCAUCGGGGCAGCGGAGAGGCUAUAGACUUCUACCGGUGGUCUUCUCGGGUGCUCUAUUGGGAGGGAUCCGGGAUAAGCUUUGCGCACCAGAACCCACCCUGGGAGGAGCAACGUCUUCAUCCUUCCCCUACUGGCGGCUGCCAAACUUACUGGUUAACGGAGCACCCGCUACAUUUAUUUUAUAUCACUAACCUACGGACUGCAAAAUUCACAAAAAGAGCAUCUGUAGUCUCCAUAGCUGUAUCACAUGUGAAAAUCGACUCUCGUGUACAAAAUUACAAUGCAAUUGACAAAUGUUUGAAACAAAAAUUUACAUCUAUUGGCGUCUAUAUUAAUGCUGAAUGUUCUCAGUUUGAAGAAGCUGUUGAUUUUGCGUCUCAAAACCAAUAUUUUGACGCAACGCACAAAUGGUUAUUCAUCAAGAACAGGAUAACAAACGUAUCUAAUAACAAUGAUGUAAAUGAAGUUAAUAAUAUAGAAACCAACCCGUCAAUUGACAACAUUAUUCGGAUUCUUAAUAACUUGAACUUAAGUGUGGACACUGAUGUUAUACUUUCGGUGAAAACAGGAUUUUCCUCAUAUGAUUUAUACGAUAUUUUCAACUUCGGGAAAGCGCAAGGUGGCUUUCUGUCAAUAAACCAUGCAGGAUCAUGGAACGUCGACACUGGUUAUAACCGUAAAAUAGAUUUUAAUAGUUAUAAGUAUUACCGACGAUGGGAUUUUCAAGAGUUGCCAAUAAAGAUGAUAUCCGUUGUUAUAGCAACAGAACUAUAUUAUAAGGAGCAGGAUGUAGCUCCAGGGAUUCGUCUACUUGAAAGCGUUUUUGGGAAAAUAGAUUUCCUUUAUCCACCACUCCAUUGUAUUGAGACAAGAUUCUACUAUCGCAUUCCCACAACUGGCCCAGGAAAGUAUGAGAACCAAUUUCUAAGGCCUCUAACAAAGUCUGUGUGGUAUUGCGUCAUAGCAAUGAUCAACCUGUGUGGAAUCUUACUACUUAUUACAUCUAAAAUCGAAGGUCGCACUUCUGGUGUCCAAUAUGCCCUGUUCUCGGUAUUGGCUUCGUUUUGCCAGCAAUUUUUCGAUUGUGGUAUGGUGGAAACAAAAAGACUAUCUUCAGCUCGUGAAAUCACAAUGCUAGUGACCGGCCUAUCAAGUCUUCUGAUCUACAAUUACUACACGAGCAGCGUCGUUAGUUGGUUGCUGAACGGGCCUCCACCAUCGAUCAACUCGCUGGAGGAACUUUUGGACAGUCCUCUUGAGCUGGUUCUACAGGAUAUUGGAUAUGCAAAAUCUUGGCUACAGGUACCUACUUACUAUUUCAACAAACGUAACGCAAAAGUAGAAGAUGAAAUGCGGCAAAAGAAAGUGUUUAAUAAGAAGAAAGGUGCGCCCUUGCUAGUAACCCUAGAGAAAGGCAUUGAGUUUAUGAAAGCUGGAGGCUACGCAUUCCACGCGGAAGUGAGCAGCGCAAACAGACUGAUAUCCCGCCAGUUCACUCAGGAGGAACUAUGCGAGCUGGGGUCAUUAGUAUCGAUAGACAAGACGCCAUUAUAUCCCGCUGUGCAGAAAAACAGUCCUUAUAAAGAAUUCUUUACUUGGAGCCUUAUCCGUCUUAAAGAACGUGGCGUAGUAUCCUGCCUCCAACGUCGUACGCAAGCUUUAUCGGUGACCUGCGAAGGUUCGUCUCCUCGAGCGUUGGCUUUAGGUGGAGCGGCACCGGCAUUCUUGUUACUGGUUUUCGGGUACAUGCUGGCUACUUUGAUUUUGAUUCUUGAGAGGUAAGGAAAAAGUAAUCCCCGUGUGCCUGUCUCUGAAGUUGUAAAACCACAGAGGCAGAUGGACCGGUGCGACGAGGACAGUUUCACAAAAGUGGCGAAGAAGAAGAAGAGGAAGCCCACCAGCCAUAACCAAUAUGGCACAGGAAUUAGGCGAGCAGCGUACUGCCUUCGCCUUCUUCCCCACCGCCUGCGCCGGAGCGGGUCUGCGUUGACAGCGUCUUCGCGUUCCCGCUCCGCGGACUCCUUCUGCGACAUCACGGCCUCGCAGAAGGAGACCACUGCCUCCCACGACCUCUCGCUGUCCAACAUUGUUGAAAUCACGCUGGGCAGCGAGAGAUCGCUUCCAAUCGUUGCCAUCAGAGUGUGGCGCUGCACACUAACCUAA